UUUUUGUGUUAAUUUAGCAAAGUGUGCAACGUUAGACAGCGUUGAAUCAGACACUGUUGAUGAUUUAAAAGUCGGGUUCUGCUUAUUUAGGCGAACACGAGAGGGAGUAAGCAGUAACCAUGUAUGACCAAGAUGAAGGUUUGUUGUUAUUUCAGCCAUUUGCUAGCUUGCUGCUAGCAAGCUAGUUAGCAUAUAGGCUAAUAUGCGCAUCACCAAUAAUAGAUAGGUACAGUAGCUAGCAAGCAUACUAGCGCUAUGUAGCUUGCAAGGUUAACUAAUUGGCUAGUUAACGUUACAUACCAAAAAUGGUUUCACCAGACUAAACACCUAACUAUAUCACACUUUCAACUAGGCCUACCUAUAUGAACAUCACAUCAUGCCAUGUUGAAAAAAACUAAGUUAGCUAUCUUUGAGAUCUGCAGAGCUAAAAUACCUUUCUUUGUGUCAAUCAGUUGUUGAAUGUAGUAAACUCCAUGAACUAGCUGGGGCCUUGGCUAAUGUUAUAUCACUGCGUCUGCAUUCACUUUGUUGAUGUAUUUUCUGUGAUCUCUUGCAGAUAUCCAAUACGAUGAGGAUGAGGAUGAAAUCACCCCCGAUUUAUGGCAGGAAGCUUGCUGGAUUGUUAUCAGGUAAAAUUAUGCUCUUCUUACCUAUCUCUCCUAUUUUUUUAUCCUCAUGUAACAUACACUAUGCAGCUUGCUUAUGUUCAAAUAACACUAUCCUCUCUGAUGCGCCUUACAGUUCCUACUUUGAUGAGAAGGGCCUGGUGCGACAGCAGCUGGACUCCUUUGACGAGUUCAUCCAGAUGUCCGUGCAGAGGAUCGUGGAGGAUGCCCCGCCCAUCGACCUGCAGGCUGAGGCCCAGCACACCUCUGGAGAGGUGGAGGAUCCGGUGAGUGACAGACGGGCACUUUCAGAUAUUCAGCUCCAUGUAGGGCCUCUCUCUACGAGGGCACUUACUAUUGCCCUGUUAACGCUCCCUUUAUGUUGCUCUACAGCCACGCUACUUGCUGAAGUUUGAGCAGAUCUACCUUUCCAAACCCACUCACUGGGAAAGAGAUGGAGCCCCCUCGCCUAUGAUGCCCAACGAGGCCAGACUCCGGAACCUUACGUAAGUUUGCUCAUUUGGAGCCAUACUUUUAUCAUGAUAAUUCUCCCUUGCACAUCAUUUGCAACCUUCAGUGCUGCCAGUGCCAACUAGGCCCACAUCUGUAUUAUACAGGUACUCUGCUCCCCUGUACGUGGACAUCACCAAGACCAUCAUCAAGGAGGGUGAGGACCAGCUGCAGACCCAGCACCAGAAGACCUUCAUCGGCAAGAUCCCGAUCAUGCUGCGCUCCACCUACUGCCUGCUCAGCGGCCUGACAGACCGUGAUCUGUGUGAGCUCAACGAGUGCCCGCUGGACCCCGGGGGCUACUUCAUCAUCAACGGGUCAGAGAAGGUAAAAGGAGAGAGAAAGUGGAGGGUGGACUUCAGGGCAGAUAUCUGGUCUUGAUUCUGUUUCAAUCAGGGUUGGGGAGUAACAUAUUGCGAAAAAACUUGAACUGUAAUCUGUUAUGUUACCAGCAAAAAUAUUGUAAUCAGAUGACAGAUACUUAAAAAAAUAACUAGAUUCCGUCUAGGAUUACAUUUAGUAAUUCAGAAAGGAUGUUUGCGUAAAAAAUGUUUGACACCUUCAUGUUUUAUCAAUGCCAUUCAAAUCAGCAUUGAAAAAAGGUGCAAGUUUAGGUUUGUUCCGCCUGAGCGAGUCUGACCACAAGUCUAUGAUGACACACCAACUGCGUUUUGAAGGAUCGCAGGAAAAGAGCAAGAAUAGGCUUUUGUAAGCUACAAUCCAAGCUACAGUGCCUUCAGAAAGUAUUCAUGCCCCUUGACUUUUUCCACAUUUUGUUGUGUUACAGCCUGAAUUUAAAAUUGAUUAAAUUGAAAUUUUGUGUCACUGGCCUACACACAAUACCCCAUAAUGUCAAAGUGGAAUUAUGAUUUUAGAAAUGUUUACAAAUUAAUUAAAAAUGAAGCUGAAAUGUCUUGAGUCAAUAAGGAUUCAACCCCUUUGUUAUGGCUAGCCUAAAUAAGUUCAGGACAAAACAUGUGCAUAAGUUGCAUGGACACACUCUGUGUGCAAUAGUAGUGUUUAACAUGAUUUACUUCAUCUCUGUACCCCACACAUACAAUUAUCUGUAAGUCGAGCAGUGAAUUUCAAACACAAAGACCAGGAAGGUUUUCCAAUGCCUCGCUAAGAAUGGCACCUAUUGGUAGAUAAAAAAGAAAGCAGACAUUCAAUAUCCCUUUGAGUAUGGUGAAGUUAUUUAUUAUGCUUUGGAAGGUGUAUCAAUACACCCAGUCACUGCAAAGAUACAGGAGUCCCUUUUAACACAAUUGCUGGAGAGGAAGGAAACUGCUCAGGGAUUUCACCAUGAGGCCAAUGGUGACUUUAAAACAGUUAGAGUUUAAUGGCUGUAAUAGGGGAAAAGUGAGGAUGGAUCAACAACAUUAUAGUUACUCUACAAUACUAACCUAAUUGACAGAGUGAAAAGAAGGAAGUCUGUACAAAAUACAAAUAUUCCAAAACAUGCUUCCUGUUUGCAAUAAGGCACUAAAGUAAAUCUGCAAAAAAAAUGGGAAAGAAAUUAACCUUAUAUCCUGAAUACAACGUGUUAUGUUUGGGGCAAAUACAACACAACACAUCACGGAGUACCACUCUUCAUAUUUUCAAAUAUGGUGGUGGCUGCAUCAUGUUGCUUGUCAUCGGCAAGGGUAUGCUUGUCAUGGGGUAUGUUUGUAAUCGGCAUUGACUGGGGUAUGUUGGUAAUCGGCAAUGACUGGGGUAUGUUGGUAAUCGGCAAUGACUAGGGUAUGCUUGUAAUCGGCAAUGACUGGGGUAUGCUUGUAAUCGGCAAUGACUAGGGAGUAAAAAAAUAAAUACGGAAUAGAGCUAAGCACAGGCAAAUUCUGGUUGUCUGCUUUCCAACAGACACUGGGAGACAAAUUCACCCUUCAGCAGGACAAUAACCAAUAUACUAGGCCAAAUAUACUCUGGAAUUGCUUACCAAGAUUACUUUGAAUGGUCUUGAGUGGCCUAGUUAUAGUUUGGACUUAAACUGGCUUGAAAAUCUAUGGCAAGACUUGAAAAUGGCUGUCUAGCAAUGAUCAACAACCAACUUGACAGAGCUUGAAGAAUUAAAAUAAUUAUAAUGUGCAAAUAUUGUACAAUCCAGGUGUGCAAAGCUCUUAGAGACUUACCCAGAAAGACUCACAGCUGUAAUCGCUGCCAAAGGUGAUUCUAACGUAAAUUAGAUAUUUCUGUAUUUCAUUUUCAAUAAUUGUGCAAAGAUUUCUAAAAACAACAUGUUUUCACAUUGUCAUUAUGGUGUGUAGAUGGGUGAGAGAUCUAUUUAAUCCAUGUUGAAUUAAGGCACAACAAUGUGGAAUAAGUUGAGGGGUAUGAAUACUUUCUGAAGGCACUGUAUGUCUUCAAAUGGUGCUACUGCUGUCGGCAAUCCAAAGAUUAUCCAUUUUGAAUAAACGCUUGGAGGUAAGGACGACAGCAGUGGUGUAGCCUACGGCGAUUAACAACAAAAUCAGUUGUAGAGUAGGCUAAUAAGUCCUUAGUUUUGGGGUUAUGCUCAGGUUAAACAAUUUGCCUAAUCUAUAUUUCCAAAUCCUAUUCUUGAAGAUCAAUGGGUCCCAAAUUUCGAUCUUGUCUCAUCACUGCAACUCCCCAACAGGCUCGGGAGGCGAAGGUCGAGGCAUGCGUCCUCCGAAACAUGACCAGCCACACCGCGCUUCUUAACACCCGCCCGUUUAACCCGGAAGCCAGCCGCACCAAUGUGUCGGAGGAAACACCGUUCACCUGAUGACCGAGGUCAGCCUGCAGGCCCCCGGCCCGCCAUAAGGGGUUGCUAGAGCGCGAUGAGCCAAGUAAAGCUCCCCCCGGCCAAAUCCUCCCCUAACCCGGACGACGCUGGGCCAAUUGUGCGCCACUCUAUGGGACUCCCAAUCACGGCUGGUUGUGAUACAGCCCGGGAUUGAUGCAGUGCCUUAGACCGCUGCACCACUCGGGAGGCCCCCAGACUUUGGUUUUUAAUGUAAAGAUAUAGCCUAUUCGUAUUAUUAUCUGUAGUAGCAAACAAUGGGUUAGAAGAAGCCUACAUAACCAUCCCAUAAAGGAAAAUGCAACAUCCUAUUUUUGGCCAGCUAUGUAAACUCUAACAUUGAUUUAUCCUGCAAUAGAUGUCGUUCAAUUGGUAAUAUUCAUUUUUGUCUUCCUCUUAAGGGGGAAGUCAUCUAAAAGUAACUGAAAGUAAUCAGAUUAAGUUACUGAGUUUGGGUAAUCCAAAAGUUACGUUACUGAUUACAAUCUUGGACAGGUAACUAGUAACUGUAACGGAUUACAUUUAGAAAGGAACCUAGCCAACCCUGGUUUCAAUGAAUGAGCAGUAACACAAGCUUUUGCAAUUGAGCUAUUGAUAACAAUUGCCUUGUUUGGUUUGCAGGUCCUGAUCGCCCAGGAGAAGAUGGCCACGAACACAGUGUACGUCUUCGCUAAGAAGGACUCAAAGUAUGCGUACACAGGGGAAUGCCGCUCCUGCCUGGAGAACUCCUCGCGCCCCACCAGCUCCAUCUGGGUCAGCAUGAUGGCCAGGGGAGGACAGGUGAGAAACAAACAACCUUGAACACAAAUAUACCUUGUCCAAAACUUGUUUUGCAAAUUUGCUACCAUCCCAUAUAUUUACAUGUCAACAUUUGUUUUGUUUCUUUUUCUCUCAGGGGGUGAAGAAAAGUGCCAUUGGUCAGAGGAUCGUGUCCACUCUGCCCUACAUCAGACAGGAGGUGCCCAUCAUCAUAGUGUUCCGAGCCCUGGGCUUUGUGUCCGACAGAGACAUCCUGGAGCACAUCAUCUACGACUUUGACGACCCUGAGAUGAUGGAGAUGGUAAAUCUCUUAGGAUGUUCUAGAUACAGGAAACACUACACACACACACACACUUCCUAUCUGACGUGCUGUGCUCCACCAGGUCAAGCCAUCCCUGGACGAGGCCUUUGUGAUCCAGGAACAGAACGUGGCGCUGAACUUCAUCGGCUCUCGUGGUGCCAAGCCUGGUGUCACCAAGGAGAGGAGGAUCAAGUACGCCAAGGAGGUGCUGCAGAAGGAGGUGCUGCCCCACGUCGGCGUCAGUGACUUCUGUGAGACCAAGAAGGCCUAUUUCUUAGGGUGAGUAUUUAUAAUGUUAUAUUAAUGUAAUGACCAUAGAGCAGGAGUUCCUAGUCUUUUCCUUACCGAGGACCACCAAAUCACUGCAAUAAGCUCUUGAGGACAAUCAUUCGCGGAAGUGGCAGAAUUGUUUUCCAAAACUUAGGGCCAAUUUACUGGGGGGAGGCUUGUCUAACUUUUUUUUGUUGCUUUGGGGAGGUGUUUUGGUACUUCCCUUAUGUACUACACUUUUCCAUGCGCUAACUUGUACUGUACCACAGGUCAAUAUAGUCUACCAGUCUAACGGUCUAUACUGCCCUCUAUCCACCAUUUAUAGUGACAUUAGUGGGAGGUGGAUCAUUUAUCCAGAUCUGCAAAAGGCUAACUAGCAAUUAUAAACUGGGUGGUUCGAGCCCUGAAUGCUGAUUGGCUGAAAGACGUGGUAUAUCAGACCGUAUACAAUGGGUAUGAAAAAACAUUUAUUUUUACUGCUCUAAUUAUGCUGGUAACCAGUUUAUAAUAGCAAAAGGCACCUCAGGGGUUUGUGAUAUAUGGCCAAUAUACCACGGCUAAGCGUUGCGCCGGGCCUUAUUGCUUAAUUAUACCACAUAUAAAAGCAUUCAAAGCUGCAUCAAUGUUAAAUAUGAAUCCACAACAACAAAUAAGAAUAGCUGAUAGGCAGCGGACAGGCCAGGUGCAUCAUUGCGCAUGAAAGAGCAGUGUAUUUGCUGUAUUUUUACUUCUGAUAUUGAAUGCGCUGUCAUUCUCCCAAGUCGUCCUAUAAUAAUGUGUCCACAUAUGUUCCAGGCAGGCCUAGUUAUUCAGGACAGCUUAACACAUGCUCUGCCUCUACAAUCCUAGUGGCUAUUCCUCGCGCACCUAGAACCUAAUGCUUCAAUAUAGCCUAAAUAUUUAUCAUUUAACUUCUAAAAUGUGUUACCUUUUUAUAUGUGUCAUAAACACAACCAGUCACAAUGUUUUAAUCUGAUUAGGCUACUUCAAAAUAUAAUUCCAGCAUCCUCAAAAUGUCUUGACAUUAACCAGGUUUCCCUCCAACCUUUUUAUGCAGUAAAGUAGCCUACAUGUUGGAUAACAAAUGUCAUGACAUCAUAGGGCAUGCAGUUUAUUAGGCUGCAGAUGAAAUAAGUUAUGAUAAACUUCACAGGGUGGUGAAUGUGCACAGUGAUGAGGUUGAUUCUCCUUUCAAUAAAUAUGGAGGGUCUUAUUCUGGUGACUUGAUCGACGCUUGGCUGCCAUUUGACAAAUGGAAAUAAUCUCGCAUUUAUGUCCAUAAUAAUCUCAUCAUGUAGUAGGCUAUAACUGCACUGUAUCUGCAAGCUGUUGGCUAGAGUGCACAUGCCAAUACCAGAGUGGGCACACUGCUAUACCUACUCAACAUUUUUUGUGACGAAACCAUCAGUAGGCCUAGAGUUGAAAAUGCCAUGGAAAUCAUCUAACUUGUAUUUUUUUAUUCGGUACAUGGGAAUUUAACCUCCAAAAGUAAUUUUUAUGUGCACUACGUAUUUACACAGACUUUUAUCUGCAAUUAGAUGGAAACGCAACUCUGAUGGGAAAAUGCACAAGGGUUUCCCUUAGUCGGUAGGCUAAUUGCGGCCUUUGGACAAUAAAAAAAAAUGAAUAGCCAAUAAAUAAAAUUGUAGCAAGUCAAAUUGUCCAGGAGAGACUGUCUAUCAUAGCCUACACCCCGAAUGUGCGCUUCAGCACCAUUCUCUUAUGCCUUACAAGCAGGUGAGCCUGCUGCUUAGAAGCGAGUGAGAGGGAGGAGCCUUGGCCUAGGCCACUGUUGAUUGUGAAGAUGGAAUAAUGUUUUAUUGACGUAAAACUAAAGUUAGAGGAAAAAGAGUAUGCCUAUAGUGAAAAGCCUACAAGGGGAAUUUAAUGUUUUAAUAUUGUAGUGGAAGAAAAAAUGUUGGCACGGUUUGGCCUACUGUGCAACUCCCUAUUCAGGCAGGAUGCAAUUUUGGGACUUAAAACUUCCCAGUCAUGCUGUCCGGCGCCAAAUUUUCAUGAAGGAAAUCCCGAAAUGCUCAUUGUUUAUAUGCAGAUUUUAGAAUGUUCGCAUGAAAAUCUGUCGCCAGUUGGAUGGAAACCUAGCUACAGACACCCUAAAGACUGUGACAAGUGGGCUAGUCCAGUGUUACUUUGAUUAUGCCUGCACAUCAUGGUUCACCAGCAGCCCCAAACAUCUAAAGAAUAAGCUACAGAUUAGGGUUGAAUGUGUCCCCUGUAUUUUACUAAUGUUCCAACCCCAGAAUAUUCACUUUUCUCCCCAACCGGCAUGAAAAUUCAAGUCUGAUGCUACCUGAGCCUGAUGAGCCAUACAUUAAAGAAUAGUUAUGAGCUCAAGCCCAAAAAAGCCCAAAUGAUUGUGCCGAUAUCAUUUAUUUUUAUUUGACCAAUACAUAGCCUAUGAUAGGCUACUGCACAUUACCCAUGACAGAAACACAUAAAAGCCCAUAAAUGUAGUUACGCUCUCUUGGGUAAGUAAAUGAAACAAGCUCCUAAUAAACUACUCUUUUUAAGUGUGGAAUGUAUUAUUGUAUUCCAUUAUACUGUUUUAUAUGGACUUGUGGCUGGUGCAGGACAUGCAGCCUACAAAGUUACAAUUAUAGGCUAGCGAAUUCAAUUUUAAUUUUGAAAUAUAAUAGGCCCUAUUAGAUUUGUAUAAUUAGUAGGCUGAUGCAUGCAUACCUUACAUAAUAUUUCCCCUACUGUUGUGCAAUGUGCGUAUUAGCCUACCUUCCAUUUCUCUAUUGUUGCUUCAUUCCUUCCUCGCUUUCAACAGUUAAAUGCAAUGUUUCGUUGUCCUGAUCUUCAUCAUUGUAAUGACAUGCUUGAAUAAUAUAAGACUAGAAUAAGAUGCAGAUGGCUUUCUCUUCAUGAAGAUUGAAUGGUUAGGCUUCUGAACAAAUAACUGCUAUAGCCUACCACCAUCCCGCAUUCUCUCUUUCAAACUUCCCGGCCGUGGCCAUGAGUUCUAUUGGCUGCUGUAUUUAACAUUCAGCAAGCAAGAACUUGAAUCCCUCUUCCAAUAGUCUAUUAGUAUAAGAAACGCUAAAAAUAAAUUCUUCCAGCUUUUCCUGGGACUCCAAGAGCUAAGUAGCGUUUUUUAAAAAGAGAGAGGCCAAGCAGAGCGCAUGGUGCGUGUUGCGCAAGAGACAGAGGCUAUAAGUUAGAAGCUAAUUUAUAGCCCAUCAUUCAUUAGCUAAAUAUAAGGCUAAUAAUAUAAUUUAUUACCAGAAAUUAUUACCUGAAAUAAUUAGGCUAGGACAUACAGUGCAUUCGGAAAGUAUUCAGACCCCUUGACUUUUUCCACAUUAUUAAGUUAAAGCCUUAUUCUAAAAUUGAUUAUUGUUUUUCCCCCCCCUCAUCAAUCUACACACACUACCCAUAAUGACAAAGCAAAAACAGGUUUUUAUACAUUUUUACAAAUGUAUCAACAACAAAAAAAUGAAAUAUUAUAUUUACAUAAGUAUUCAGACCCUUUACUCACUACUUUGUUGAAGCACCUUUGGCAGUGAUUACAGCCUCAAGUCUUCUUGGGUAUGACGCUACAAGCUUGGCACACCUGUAUUUGGAGUUUCUACCAUUCUUCUCUGCAGAUCCUCUCAAGCUCUGCCAGGUUGGGUGGGGAACAUAGCUGCUCUGGCAGGGCCACUCAAUGACAUUCAAAAACUUGUCCCGAAGCCACUCCUGCGUUGUCUUGGCUGUGUGCUUUUUCCAACAAUUGUUUACAGACAGAUUAUUUCACUUAUAAUUCACUGUAUCACAACUCCAGUGGGUCAGAAGUUUACAUACACUAAAUUGACUGUGCCUUUAAACAGCUUGGAAAAUUCCAGUAAAUGAUGUCAUAGCUUUAGAAGCUUCUGAUAGGCUAAUUGACAUAAUUUGAGUCAAUUGUAGGUGUACCUGGGGAUGUAUUUCAAGGCAUACCUUCAAACUCAGUGCCUCUUCGCAUGACAUCAUAGGGAAAUCAGCCAAGACCUCAGAAAAUACAUUGUAGACCUCCACAAGUCUGGUUCAUCCUUGGGAGCAAUUUCCAAACGCCUGAAGGUACCACGUUCAUCUGUACAAACAAUAGUAGGCAAGUAUAAACACCAUGGAACCACGCAGCCGUCAUACCGCUCAGGAAGGAGACGCGUUCUUCCUCCUAGAGAUGAACGUACUUUGGUGCGAAAAGUGCAAAUCAAUCCCAGAACAACAGCAAAGGACCUUGUGAAGAUGCUGGAGGAAACGGGUACAAAAUUAUCUAUAUCCACAGUAAAACUAGUCCUAUAUCGACAUAACCUGAAAGGCCACUCAGCAAGGAAGAAGCCACUGCUCCAAAACCGCCAUAAAAAAGCCAGACUACGGUUUGCAACUGCACAUGGGGACAAAGAUCGUACUUUUUGGAGAAAUGUCCUCUGGUCUGAUGAAACAAAUAUAGAACUGUUUGGCCAUAAUGACCAUCGUUAUGUUUGGAGGAAAAGGGGGGAGCUUGCAAGCCGAAGAACACCAUCCUAACCGUGAAGCAUGGGGGUGGCAGCAUCAUGCUGUGGGGGUGCUUUGCUGCAGGAGGGACUGGUGCACUUCACAAAAUAGAUGGCAUCAUGAGGAAGGAAAAUUAUGUGGCUAUAUUGAAGCAACAUCUCAAGACAUCAGUCAGGAAGUUUGGUCGCAAAUGGGUCUUCCAAAUGGCCAAUGACCCCAAGCAUACUUCUAAAGUUGUGGCAAAAUGGCUUAAGGACAACAAAGUCAAGGUAUUGGAGUGGCCAUCACAAAGCCCUGACCUCAAUCCUAUAGAAAAUGUGUGGGCAGAACUGAAGAAGCGUGUGCAAGCAAGGAGGCCUACAAACCUGACUCAGUUACACCAGCUCUGUCAGGAGGAAUGGGCCAAAAUGCACCCAACUUAUUGUGGGAAGCUUGUGGAAGGCUACCCGAAACGUUUGACCCAAGUUAAACAAUUUAAAGGCAAUGCUACCAAAUACUAAUUGAGUGUAUGUAAACUUCUGACCCACUGGGAAUGUGAUGAAAAAAAUAAAAGCUGAAAUAAAUCAUUCUCUCUACUAUUAUUCUGACAUUUCACAUUCUUAAAAUAAAGUGGUGAUCGUAACUGACCUAAGACGUGUAAUUUCUACUAGGAUUAAAUGUCAGGAAUUGUGAAAAACUGAGUUUAGAUGUAUUUGGCUAAGGUGUAUGUAAACUUCCGACUUCAACUGUAUAUAUACAGUACCAGUCAAAAGUUUGGACACACCUACUCAUUCAAGGGUUUUUCUUUAUUUUUACAAAUUUUUACAUUGUAGAAUAAUUGUGAAGACAUCAAAACUAUGACAUAACACAUGAAAUCAUGUAGUAACCAAAAAAGUGUUAAACAAAUCAAAAUAUGUUUUAUAUUUGAGAUUCUUCAAAUAGCCACCCUUUGCCUUGAUGACAGCUUUGCACACUCUUGGCAUUCUCUCCACCAGCUUCAUGAGGUAGUCACCUGGAAUGCAUUUCAAUUAACAGGUGUGCCUUGUUAAAAGUUAAUUUGUGGAAUUUCUUUCCUUCUUAAUGCGUUUGAGCCAAUCAGUUGUGUUGUGACAAGGUAUGGGUUGUAUACAGAAGAUAGCCCUAUUUGGUAAAAGACCAAGUCCAUAUUAUGGCAAGAACAGCUCAAAUAAGUAAAGAGAAACGACAGUCCAUCAUUACUUUAAGACAUGAAGGUCAGUCAAUCCGGAAAAUGUCAAGAUCUUUGAAAGUUUCUUCAAGUGCAGUCGCAAAACCAUCAAUGAAACAGGCAGGGAGAGUGAGCUCAUCUGUGGUGGUCGGCAAACCUUCUGGCCAGCAGCCCUGCAUGGCAUCUAACUGCCACAAAAGCAUGCUGAAGUGGCAAAGUUGAUAUCCACGUUUAUAGACACAGGGUUGCUACAGUUAUUGGUAUUUAUGGUCUUAAACAUUAUUUUGAGUUAGCUCUAUGAGGGGGAAGGUGUUACAUUUAUUUUAUAGUACAAGGGGAGUGUCACGUGAAAAUAUUUUUUAAAGUUGGGGAGGGGGUGCAUUUUUUAAAUGUUUUUACGACACCUUGAGUUGGACCAGCCCCCCCCCCACCUCCCCCUUAGCGGUCACAUUUAGAGUAAUUUUAUCAGUGAAUGGAACAUAUUAAAUGCCUAUUAUUACAGAUGGAUGUCUGUUAAACAAUUUGCAUUGUGAAAAGUAAUGUAAAAUUGUAUAUAACAUCAUUAAUAAUGCCAUAUAUAUAUAUAUUUUUUUUUUUUUAUUACAAACUUUGCUGACCACAGGUUGAAACCACUGCCAUAGAGAUCUUAUAACUCACCAGGUCUCUGUUGGAGAUUCUAUAUGUAAUUCUAUGGUUAUGAAUGCAUGAUGUUACUGAUUGGUCUUUAUGCAAUAUGUUGUUGUUUGAUGUAUUGAUGUAACUCAGAGUUGUGUAUCGGUGUCUGUUUGCAGGUACAUGGUCCACAGACUCCUAUUAGCGGCCCUGGGCAGAAGAGAGCUGGAUGACCGGGAUCACUACGGCAACAAGAGACUGGACCUGGCUGGGCCACUGUUGGCUUUCCUGUUCCGUGGGUAAGUCCUAAAGGAACACCAUCUAUAAAAUAAUCUAGAAAGCUUUAAUUCACAGAUGUAGUGCUACUUUGUGCUAACCGCAUUCCUAUUCAAACGGAGCAUUUGGUGAAUAUGUAUGAAGUCAAUGGGAUACCAAGGCUGGAACUUUAAUCAAGCUCAUUUUCAUUUGUUUGGAUGCAUUUAGAAUGUUUAAGAACCUACUGAAAGAGAUCCGCAUCUACGCCCAGAAGUUUAUUGACAGAGGGAAAGACUUCAACCUGGAGUUGGCCAUCAAGACACGAAUCAUCUCCGACGGCCUGAAGUACUCUCUGGCCACGGGGAACUGGGGUGACGUCAAGAAGGCCCAUCAGGCCAGAGCUGGAGUGUCCCAGGUAACACAGGGCAGAAGACAUCUCGUACACAUCCCUAUAUAGUUUAGGCUUAGUUUGCCAUUAUGCUGCUACAAGAUGAUUGUUUAUCGCCAUUAAAAACGAGAACAUACCUCGUCUGUUUGUAGGUGUUGAACCGCUUAACCUUCGCCUCCACCCUCUCUCACCUUCGUCGUGUGAACUCCCCCAUCGGUAGGGAUGGCAAGCUGGCCAAGCCCAGGCAGCUUCACAACACGCUGUGGGGCAUGGUGUGUCCUGCUGAGACUCCAGAGGUACACCCAAUACCACUCCAAAUCACAUUUAUGUUCAUUAUCAAGGGGGAAGUUGUUGUAUGAUGACAAAUGGUAUUGUUACCCGCAAGGAGCUAAGCUCUCACUUACAAUUGACAUUGAAAGUGUUGUCCCCGUUUAUUUUGUCUCCCAUUUUAUGUCCCCUCCCUGUCUAUUUCCCAGGGUCAUGCUGUAGGCCUAGUGAAGAACCUGGCCCUCAUGGCCUACAUCUCUGUGGGCUCCCAGCCCUCUCCCAUCCUGGAGUUCUUGGAGGAGUGGAGCAUGGAGAACCUGGAGGAGAUCUCACCGGCAGCCAUCGCGGAGUGAGUCCAGCAGAUGGCAGCGCAUUGCUCUUUAUUAAUCCAGAAAAUAUCAAAAACAUUCUGUCUUUCAUGUCUCUGAAAAGUUUGUCAACCCAUUUUAUCUGCAUUUUAAUUGACGUUUUCCUUCAUUAAUUCUACCUUAACAGUGCCACAAAGAUCUUUGUCAAUGGCUGUUGGGUGGGCAUACACAAGGACCCAGAGCAGCUGAUGAACACACUGAGGAAACUGAGGAGGCAGAUGGACAUCAUUGUGUCUGAGGUAAGGGAUAUGAUUUUUCCAGAUUUUCAGGAAUUUCCACUUUUCUGACAUUUUCAUUAUUUUAUUAUUAUUAUUCAAUUCAAUUAACCUACACAUAAAAACCCAAUAUCCCCUUUUCAGAUUUUCUAUGUUGUCAUACAUUUUUACCCCUUUCUAGGUGUCCAUGAUCAGAGACAUCCGAGAGAGGGAGAUCCGCAUCUACACAGACGCAGGGAGGAUCUGUCGUCCUCUGCUGAUCGUAGAGAAACAGAAGCUGCUGCUGAAGAGGAGACACAUUGACCAGCUGAAGGAGAGGGAGUACAACAACUACAGUUGGCAGGACCUGGUGGCCAGCGGCGUGGUGGAGUACAUCGACACCCUGGAGGAGGAGACUGUGAUGCUGGCCAUGACCCCUGACGACCUCCAGGAGAAGGGCGUGGCCUACUGUUCUACAUACAGCCACUGUGAGAUCCACCCCUCCAUGAUCCUGGGAGUCUGUGCAUCCAUCAUCCCCUUCCCCGAUCACAACCAGGUACAGCUAAAAAAUAUCAUGCUCCUAAAAUAUGUUUUCUUAUUGGGCUGAUUUGAAUAGGUGCAAUGGCAAGAGACCGUUAAUACCUAUGCUAAGACGUGGAUAUAAAACAUCCUAAAUUAAGAUUUUUUUAUCAGCCUUGGGAUUGCUCAUUUAUAUAUCUAUAUUUGAACUGUAAAUCAAUGAAUACAUUUCUCCCCACCUUUUCCCGUGUAGUCGCCCAGAAACACAUACCAGUCUGCUAUGGGUAAACAAGCCAUGGGUGUGUACAUUACCAACUUCCACGUGCGGAUGGACACCCUGGCCCACGUGCUCUACUACCCCCAAAAACCCUUAGUCACCACCCGCUCUAUGGAGUACCUGCGUUUCAGAGAGCUCCCUGCAGGUGAGAACUGGAGGACUGCAGAAUUGGCAGCCAAUAACACUCUUUAACUCUGACCUAAAGAGUUCUAUUUCUGGCUCGUUGAAAUCCUCCAUUUGUGCCUGGUUUAGGUAUCAACUCGAUUGUGGCUAUUGCGGCGUACACUGGCUACAACCAGGAGGACUCUGUCAUCAUGAACCGCUCUGCGGUGGACCGUGGAUUCUUCAGGUUUGUGCUGUGAUUUGAAGACUGAAAUUUGCUGUGAAAAUGACUUAAGACGAUGGUGUAAAUAAGUGUUUUUAUUUCAGGUCUGUGUUCUACCGCUCCUACAAAGAACAGGAGUCAAAGAAAGGCUUCGAUCAGGAGGAAAUCUUUGAAAAACCUACACGCGAAACUUGUUCGGGUACGUCCUUGGCAUCUAGAAAUGUAAAGGAGUCGGCCAGAAAAUCUGAGCCUACUAUUUCCAUCAUCUCAUACAUUUUCCAUCAGCAACGUCUCUUAAAUUGGCAUUCAUACAAAGAGAAUUGCUCAUUGAACAACCCAAUGCUCCUCCCCUCCCCCAGGCAUGAGGCACGCCAUUUACGACAAGCUGGAUGACGACGGCUUGAUAGCUCCCGGUGUGCGUGUCUCGGGCGAGGACGUCAUCAUUGGCAAGACGGUGACCCUGCCGGAGAUCGACGACGAGCUGGACAGCACCAAUCGCCGAUACACCAAGAGGGACUGCAGCACCUUCCUCCGCACCAGCGAGACGGGUAUCGUGGACCAAGUCAUGGUCACCCUCAACCAGGAGGGCUACAAGUUCUGCAAGAUCAGGGUUUGUCCAGAGUCCUCUAGAUUUCCCCAGUAGGCAUAUUGUGACAAGUUGACAACACACUAGUAGGCUGUAAAAAUGUAAAACAAACAAAUGGUAACAAAUUACCCCUGUUGAAAGCUCUACUUCUCUCUCAAUUGUCAAGUUUUGGGUAGGCAGGAAUUACAUCCACAGUAGUGGCAGGUUUGAAUUAUCCUUGAGUUACAAGCAGCAUUGCUUCCAUAGAAGCAACAAGACAAACAAGCUGAAUGAGAGUUGACAGAUUGACUAAAUGAAACAUGGAAUAUUGCACCCUCUAACCUUGGGCUAUAAGGUUAUGAAGCCUCCUUACACUUUACACUCAUCGGCCUACUUGUGGCAUGACUUAACUCAAACUCCAUUUGUUUUUUGUUGCAGGUUCGCUCUGUUCGUAUCCCCCAGAUCGGUGACAAGUUUGCCAGUCGACACGGGCAGAAGGGUACCUGUGGUAUUCAGUACAGACAGGAGGUGAAGUAUUAGACAUAUGUUCCUCAUGCCUCGUCUAUAGAACUACUCACUCUUAACUAGACUACACAGUAUCAUUGAGCCAGGCAAUGUUUAUCAUGGUGUCUAGUCAAUGGUCUAGAGACGUAUUGUGUUUAGACUGAACCUAAACAUAAAUACAACCAAAGGCCUCUUCACAGGAAAUGCUAAGUAAGCAACGUCCCAGAAGGAGUAUGUACUAUAACACGGAUUUAAAUAUAACAUGAAAGUCUCUGUAGAAUGUGCCACAUUCCUGUAAGAGGAUAUGCCUUAAAAGAACUGGUUCAGAAAAUUGGAACCCUCACACAGAAGUCUUUGUAAGUGAACUAUGUCCAUCGUUUCCGAUGCUUUCCGCAGGACAUGCCCUUCACUUGCGAGGGAAUUACCCCAGACAUCAUCAUCAACCCACACGCCAUCCCCUCUCGUAUGACAGUCGGCCAUUUGAUCGAGUGCCUGCAGGGCAAGGUACUGUAGCCUGUCUAAUGACUCUUCCACCCACUUCAACUUUUACUCCUUUUUAUGAGACCUCUUAAGAGGUGACAGUAAACUGAUCAUGUUAAACCAAUAGGAUUGUCUGUCAUCUAGAUUAGAUAUUUUACUAAUUUAAAGGUAAGUGAGAAUUUGUUAAAUAAAAAACAAGCAGAGCAUUUAUUUGUUAGACAUUUAUCAUGUAAAUCAAGUGUUGUGUAUGGCAGUUUUCUUGUAGCAAUGUUUUCACCCUCCCGCCCUCCUUUCACUUUUGUAGGUUUCAGCUAACAAAGGGGAGAUUGGUGACGCCACGCCUUUCAACGAUGCGGUCAAUGUGCAGAAAGUCUCCAACCUGCUGUCUGAAUACGGCUAUCACCUGAGAGGCAACGAGGUCAGGACAUCAGCCCCCUUCACCAUUCACACCUACUUCAAUAGUAGCUAUUUCAGACUGAGCUAUUUCACACUAGUCUGUCUAUAGAGUACAAUUAACUGGCCUCAUCUUUCCCUUCUAGGUGUUGUACAACGGUUUCACCGGCCGUAAGAUUACCUCUCAGAUCUUCCUCGGGCCCACAUACUACCAACGCCUGAAGCACAUGGUGGAUGACAAGAUCCACUCUCGGGCCCGAGGCCCAGUCCAGAUCCUCAACAGACAGCCCAUGGAAGGCAGAUCACGGUAAGAACAUUAAGAAUUAUUUAACGUAUUACUUUUUCCCUUUAUGGCACUAUGUGAGUGUACUGGUUAUGCAUUUCUGAGCGGGUAUCCAUAAACCAACUUUAAGUAUGCGCUUAUCUAUGAUCAGUUAGGUAUUUUAGAUUAUAAUAAAUGCAAUCCUAGAUCAGAAUCUUUGUUAAUACAGGCCCUGAUUUGGCCCGCUUUACUAACCAUGCUCUCAUUUGGCACCCAGUGACGGAGGUCUUCGUUUUGGGGAGAUGGAGCGUGAUUGUCAGAUAGCCCACGGCGCGGCUCAGUUCCUGCGUGAGAGGCUGUUCGAGGCGUCCGACCCCUACCAGGUCCACGUCUGCAACCUAUGUGGCCUCAUGGCCAUCGCCAAUACCCGCACACACACCUACGAGUGCAGGGGCUGUCGCAACAAAACACAGGUACGGACCAACACCACCACCAGUCUCCCUGUUAUGCAUGUUUAUGCUUAGGUCGGUGUCACAAGAAUUUUGUUAUCUCAAUGGUUGAAGUCAACUACUUCUUAAAUCUUUGAAUAAUUCCCAGAGGUGUAAAUCUCUAGUUUUUAAAUAAAUUAAACAAAGACCCCUUUUCUGCAAUGGUCAGCCUUUAUUCAUGAGAGCGCUCUGCCACAAAAUGGACGUACAAUAUUUUUAUACACACACGCCAGAGGAAAAAUCCCACCCCGCUUUAGGCGGGCUGUAUUUUUCCUCUGUACACAUCUUGUAAACUCACCUGGGUUUAGCUCAUGUGGUUAUCCUCUGCUCUCCUGACCAUCAGGUCACACAUACACACACACACACACACACACAUAUGUUCUUAUCAUAGUCUACUCCUUGCUCGGGCAGGCUGCAUUUUUUUCUCUAUUCCCAUACAUAGUUAUCCCUGUUCUCACAAUAUUCUGCUAGCCCUUUUCACUCCCCCUCCCUGUGUGGGGACAUCUGUUUUUGGAACCGGUCUCCUGUUAUUGGUUUCAAUCGUUUUGCACUUCUGCUUGCCUAAUUACAAGACACAAAUACUCUGUUGCUGGGCAAAGAUGCAUCUUAUAUAAACACAUUUGAUUAACUCUCUAAGCUCUAGUCUACUAAUAGUCAUACAUUAUUAGUUUAACUGAGGGUGUGACAUUUUAGUCAUAUCUUACUCACACAUUUCUUUAUCAGUCGGCCUAUUCACAUGUUGUUUAUAUCCAUUCUACCUUUAUUACUGUAACCAUGAUGUCAAUACAGUAGAGUGAAAUGUGCCUAUAACAUUUUUGACUCUGGGCCUCUAUAGCCUUAGUUUUGUUGAUGAAGAUUUAUCGAUUAAGAUAUUUGUACCUUUUCCACUUUUUCUUGUCAGAUCUCCCUGGUCAGAAUGCCGUACGCCUGCAAACUGCUCUUCCAGGAGCUCAUGUCCAUGAGCAUCGCCCCUCGCAUGAUGACCAGUUAGGAGCCCUACCAAAGCCCUGUCGAGUCAACAGGAAUUACAUUAUGUGUGGAAGGAAUGUCGAGGACAUCACUUAUCUCUACAGUGGGAGAGAUGGAGCAUCAGGAGACUGAUGUAAAACGAAAUGAAACGGUCAACUUGUUUUUGAUGCUAAUGGUCAGGCUCACUUUUUUUGUCUCGCAAAAGUAUAUUUGUUGUGAUAUCACCGUUUUGUAAAAGAAGGAACAUCGUCUUUAUUUUUGUAAAACUAGAAUAAAUGUUUUUUAA